UCACAGUCCACCCCUUACCAAUUACCAUUGUUGGCAUAUAAUGUAUCAAAACCAGCAAAAUAGCAAAUGAAUGGGGUUUGAUCCUAUUCUAGCUACAACAUACCACGGUUCUCGAAAUCAAAGCAUCUUCUUCCAAACUAACAAAGACAAUCCAAAUGCCACCAAAAAAGAUGAACCAACUUUGCCUCAACAUUCCCAUUAGAAAACGUCUAUGUGAUUACCUUAAAUUAAAUGAAAAUAGCACCACUAAAAAAUGAAUGAUCCAUUUGUUCGUAACCCAAAAUCUAGUGACCCUUUAGUCUAAUUGACCCAAUCCGUACACAUUACACAAUACCAACUCCUAUAUAUUCACUCAUCAACAGCUCAAAACUUCAUCAUCAUCAUCACAUUCACAAACACAACCCAAAAUGGCUUCCCCUAGCCACUGCCUCCUUGUCUUGUCCAUUCUCUUCGGCCUUCGCCUUAGCCAUAUGGCAGCCGUCGACGAAUCAUCAUCUACAAUAAGCACUACUGUUCACCACAAUGUCGAUCCUCCAUGGAGGUGCGACGGAGAAGCUAGGGAGGGGACGGCAUUGGCCACUUGCGACGCCAUGGAAGGGCAUUGCUUUAACGCGGAUAAAGACGACUCCAUGAUGGAUAUGGAGAGUCACGACAGGUUGUUAUGGCAGAUAGGCCCGGGGAGGCAGAGGUACAUUACCUACCAAGCACUUAGGGCGAACAGUAUCCCCUGUGGCUGGCGUGGAUACUCCUACUACGAUUGCGAUGCGCAUAAGAGGGUCAACCCUUAUCGUAGGGGUUGCACCGCUGCAACCCGUUGCUUCAGGUACACUCAUUGAAUUGAGUAAUCGUGUAGGAUGGUCCAAUCAUGUGUAGCAAUGUUUACUAAUUAAUUUGUGUUGUUUUGGUAACUGAUGUGGGUUUUUUUUUUUUAAGUGUGUGUGUUUUAUAUGCGGUAAUUGAGGGGUUGGAUAUGUAAGAGAGGGUGGAUAUUGAGGGAGGAAGGAUGGAAAUGUAAAGAAAGGAAAAGGGAAGGGAUCAAAGGGGAACAAAGGAAUUAAGGUCGUUAUUUGAAUAUGGGGAUAUAUCUUAUUUAUGUUGGGUAUUUGUCCAAAUUAACUUUAAUUAUUUGUUGUGAUUGCCUUCCCCCAAAGGUAUUUAUAUUACAACUUAUUCUACCGUCAACGUGGAUACAAAAUUUGCUUUUAUUUGCACAAUCUAUGAGUCAUAGUCAUAUAAGAAAUUUGUGUACAUCGC